AUGUGUUGGGGAGCGAUGUCACGAACUUCAGUAGCCAAAGUUUUGUCCUAUCGUCAUUUUCUACGGAUCGCUUUACCGCUACACAACGAGUCCGCCACAAAGGGAAUUUUUUCGUACUCGUUGUGUGCUAUGGCUUCCCGCCCAUUUCUCAAACGAGGCCAAGGAACCAAUUUGAAAUAUAAAAUAUCUUAUCCAUUGCUGAAAAAUGCCAACAAUUGCAAAUUUGUGGAUUCAUCAAAUGAAAAAGGACAAGAAGAAGCUUCGAAAUUAAAUGAAGAUGUGAUAAUUAACCAAUGUUCUACUCCUUUAAACACGAAAGAAUCAAAGCUGUUUGUUAUUGAAGAGAAAGAUGAUCAAAUGCAGCCUACGGAAGAAAUGUGGACACUUUCAAAUGUCGAUCGAGUUGAUAACCCUGAGAACUUUUUAACUCCAAUAUGUGGCCCAAAACUGGUUCCAAAAAGGAGAUCGCUAACUAUUGGCCCAUCGAGAUCUGGCUAUGAUGAGAAUUAUUUAUCGCCAGCAUUCUAUCCAUCACAUUCUAAGAGCUACAGAGAGCAAUCAGAAGAUCUAAAUAUCGAAGGCAUCGAAGCAAUAAGCUCGAUAAGAAGACCCCUCCAAGCCAUUGUUCCAAAUGGUUCACGGUAUCAAGAUGAAGGGGUUAUAACUAACAAAGAUAAGGUAGUCAGAGUCAUUGAUGAGCUGAAAGGAAACCAACCAAUUGAAACGUCUAUCCAAAGAUUGAAGAUAGAACCACUGCAUUUCCACACAAAUCCGGGUGCUUUACUGAAGGCUGGUGAUAAGCAACUUAUCACAAAGAAGAGCAUGACAACGGUUGAGAAGAAGUUAACUGAGCAGCUCCGAGAAGCGAUAAUGAACUUUGACUUGGCGGAGUCAGAGCUGAGGACGAAAUAUCAACGUCUUUUCAAUGAAUUGCAAGAGCAGAAACAAGAGUUGGACGAGCAGAAGAGAAUUCAAAAGAUUGAACACUUUGAGAGGCUGAAGAAUGAACGAGAAAAGAUUGAUUUAACAAAACGUGUGAAGGAUCAACGUAAAGGCUUUUCGGAAAAAGAAAGAACACUUUCGAAGCAGCUCGAAGACGCAAAGAUCACCUCGAUGAAGCACUAUUCUCAACUCGUGGACACACGGAACAAGUUGAAGAAGGCGGAAAAUGAGCUUGAGAAGACAAGAAAAGAAAUGGAGAAGAAAGAGAAGCAGAUUGGAAGGAUGAACAAUCGAAUCAAACAACUCGAGAAAGGUCUUUAUGUGAAUCCAUCGAUUUCAACAAGCCAAGAGACGUUUAUUAUUGAUGAGGAAGACAAAAGCCCCUUGAAGCCCAUUGAGAAUGAAGCAAGAACUCAUCGAAGCAAGACUGAUGACUUCAAAGAAAACGAAGAACAUCAUACAGGGAAUUUGAAUGAAGCAAAAUGUGACUGCACGAUCGAGCACGUUUCGGAUGGAGACAUCGCCUGGAAACGAGUUGAAGUUCAAGUUUACCACUACGGCAAAGCGAAAGCCACCGAAGUGCAAUUUGCUGAAGGCCUCAAAAUACGAUUGCAUGCAAGUAAACAGUUUGAUGUAUUGAAAAAGAAUGGCGAAGUGAUCUCGGUUCUUCCUGAUCGAACCCGUUGGGAGAGGACGUUGAAAAAUGGGGGCGAGUUUCAGCUGACCAAAUUCUCACCCGAUUCUGAUCCAAUGAGACACGAUGAAAGUAAUGAUCAAGCCGUGAGGAUCUACUUGAAUGGAAUCGGGAUAUGGUAUGAUGAUGGGUGCACAAGGAUAUCGACAAGAACUCUAGCGAUCCAAAUCGCCGUGUCACCCGUCUCUAAAGGAAAGAUUCAACAUUUGAAUGGAGAACAAAAGAUAUUGUGUCUCGAGUGG